CUCAAUAAUUAAUUGAUUAAUUAUUAGGUGUAAACUGGUGUCAUAAUGCCUGCUGUGUCUCUCUCCUCUCUCUCCCUCUCCUCUUCUCUCUUGGCCUGUUUCGGUUUGGCUGGUUCCUUUGUUCUCAGUCUCUACCUUGCUGAUGGAGGGAGAUCACGUGAUCACCCACUGACAGUCAAGAGAAGGAUCACUGCAGUAACCAUGGUAACCAUUGCCUCCCCUCUCCUCCUCUAUGUUCUGGCAGGGUAUCCUCCUCUUCCAACUCUCCUCCAACUCCUCGGGAUCAAAACAGAGGGUCUCCUCCGCUCAGUUACGAUUCCCUUUAUACUGAUACCACUCCUGUAUGCUGGACCGAUACUCCAGACCCUCACAUCAGAGGGUCUGGUUAACCCUUUAGCUGAUGAAAGACCCGAUAUCAUAUUACGCAAUUAUGUGGUGGCUCCGUUAGCAGAAGAGGUAGUCUUUAGGGGUUGUAUGGUCCCCCUACUCCUCCCUCACCUCCAGUCCUCCUGGACUAUCAUCAUUGGACCUUUGUUCUUUGGACUGGCUCACAUCCAUCACCUCAUUGGUCGCUACCUUCAUGAGGGGGAGCCCCUACUGUUAGGAAUAAUUAAUGCUUUAUUUCAAACAACAUACACCUCCUUAUUUGGAAUGUUCAGUUCCUAUUUAUUCAUUAGAACAGGUCACCUGGUCACUCCCGUCUUGUCUCACUCAUUGUGUAAUGUAUUGGGACUACCAAACUUUAUUGGUCUACGACAGCACAAGUACAGGUAUCUGGUCAGUGUAGCUUAUGUUGCUGGACUAGCUGGAUUUAUUUAUUUUCUACCGAAACUAACUAAUCCAGUUUACUAUAAUUGAUAUUAUUAUUAUUUUUGUAUGAUGAUCAGAUGAUGUAAAUAUUUUUUGUAAUAAAUGAAGUGAUUAAAUGACUGAGUCAGUUACAGCA